AUGCCUAGGCCAAUCAUCACAGAAGGAGCUUUCCCCUUUCGACUGCUGACAGCACUGCUGCUCUUGUGCCUGGCCAUCAGCUGUUGCCUGGGCGGCAAGACCACUACCAUCGUAAGACACACAGACACCCUGGAUCCGCAGGCGGACGGCUUCUGGGCGAACAAAACUACUUGGAAUGCCCGCUGGGUGAAGUAUUGGCGGACCAAGAAAAUCUACGAGCCUGUGUGGAAGAAGGUCUGGACACCGACCGUCCACAAUGAAUGGGUGCCGCUGCCCAAUGCCCCCACCGAGUGGGAGCAUGAGGAGGGUCAUGCCCAUGCCCACUGA